AUGCACUUCCUGGCUUUAGGGCAGGAUCCCAAGUUAAUGGAAGCUCAAGGUUGUCUGCACACAAUCGGAGGCAUUGGGCCAAUUUUCGGUUACUCACUUGGAUCUCUGUGUGCUAGUCUAUAUGUGGAUAUUGGCUUAGUGAAUCAAGACAGUGUGACCAUCACCCCUCAGGACUCUCGCUGGGUUGGGGCCUGGUGGCUGGGUUAUGUGGUUUCUGGGCUGUUGACUCUUCUUGCUGCUUUGCCUCUUUGGUUCCUGCCAAAAUCUUUACCUGAAAACCCCCAAACCUCUAAAGCAUAUCACCCCUCAAACGAACACAAGCAAACACUCAGCAUUACAGAGAUUGCCAAAGAUUUUUGGCCAUCUAUAAAGCAUCUGUUCACCAGUGGGAUCUAUAUCCUGCACCUGAUUUGCAGUGUUUUGGCAUUCAAUGCCUUUGUCAUUUCUAUAACUUACACACCAAAGUAUUUGGAGCAGCAGUUUGGACAAAGCGCAUCAAAGACCAAUUUUCUCAUAGGAGUGAUGUCUAUUCCACCACUGGUUCUGGGUAUGUUCCUCAGUGGCUGGAUAAUGAAGAGGUUUAAACUAGGUCUGCUGGGAUCUGCAAGACUGAUGUUUUUCACCUCUGUAACCUCAUUGGUUUGCAUAAUACCUUACUUUGCUCUCAGCUGUGAAAACAUAGAUGUCGCUGGGAUCACGGUGCCAUAUCAAAGAACUUUUGAAGUUCAAGAUGUAAGCCAUGAUUUACUUACUUCUUGCAAUGCUGGGUGUCCUGACUUCCUAUGGGAUCCAGUGUGUGGACAGAACGGAGUGACCUACAUCUCUCCUUGUCAUGCUGGCUGCAAUUCCACUCUGGGUACAAGACAGAAUAUGACAUUCCAUGGCUGUACAUGUAUCCAGAGCUGGGGACUGACUUCUGGGAAUUCCUCUGCAGUGCUUGGACAGUGUUCGCGAGAGAGUAGCUGCACUAAAAUGUUCUACAUCUAUCUGGCACUGCAGUCUCUCGCCUUCUUUGUUUACUGUCUGGGCACAGUUCCUUUCUUCCUCAUCUCAUUGAGGAUUGUGGAUCCUAUGCUGAAGUCUCUCUCAAUGGGAAUAUUUCUGUUAGUUUUAAGAGUCUUCGGUGGCAUUCCUGCUCCCAUUUGCUUUGGAGCUCUUAUUGACACAACCUGUCUGAAAUGGGGCCAAAAUAAAAGCGGUGAAAGAGGUGCAUGCAGAAUGUAUGACAUUGAAACUUUCAGGUACCUAUUUCUGGGACUGGUGAGCUCUCUUCAGGCAUUUAGCUAUACCCUUUUAUGGAUUUUCACCACACAGAUUAAGAAGAAAGUACAGUACGAUGAGAAAAUGUCCAAGGACAUAGAACUCCAAUACCCUAUGCUACGUGAUCCAGAACAGGAAAAUAAUAUAAAAUAAUGUUCUGCGAUGUCGUUGUUUUAUUUUUAUUUUUAUUAUUGAUUUAUUGUUCCUGGGUCAUUUUCAAAAUAUGAUGACAAACACUUUUAUUAUUUUAUAUC